GAAGAAGACGACGAAAAUGACAUCUGUCAUCUGUCUUAAAAAAGUCAAAUUAACCUCAAAAUUGCUUUCGUAUUUUCAUAAUUAAAACGUAAAUAGAAAUUAAAUUUGUUCACGACUUAAUUAUGAGCGAUAUUACAGGAAAUUCCCCUGGCUCACAAGCCUUACAAACAAUGGAAAUGCUACACAAGGACUUAGUAUUUAAAAAACCAACUGGAAUUGUUAGAAAACGAACAAAGAAGAGAAUACUUGUAGAAGAAACUUAUGUAGAGGAAAUUGGCAAAAUUAUACAAAGAGAUUUUUUCCCAGACUUGGAGAAAUUGAAAGCCCAAAAUGCAUACUUAGAUGCUUUAGAAUCAAAUGAUACUCUGAAAUUAAAAGAACUGUAUGCGAAAUAUAGCGGUAGCCAACGUCUUUCAGAGAGAGUACCAAGUCCAGCAACUUUUGAAACGCCAGCCAACAUUCACAACUCCCAGCACCAAAACGAUCCCCCUGCGGAUGUACCAAUAGACAUAGAUAAGCUGGAAAAGCCCAAAGAAAACAAACUUAGCCUGGACCAAUACCUAAAUUCUCACACCUCUCAAGAUAAUGAAAGUUUUGAAGAACUAUUAGAGGAGUCUGAGAAAAAACGUCAAGAAAAAUACUCUUAUUUGUUUAAUGAAGAAGAUAAAAGUGAUGAUUACCAGAAAAAAAUACUGGCCUUACCUUCGAUAGAACAGCAAGCCCUACCAGUUGAAAAAAAAUUUGGUCUAGAUACCUGGGGUUAUAAAAAUCGGAACUACAUCAUGUAUAUACCUGAUGGGGUUGAGCUAAGUGCAGAGGACAUUUUGGAAAUUAACAAAAGGAGACAAGAAAUAGUUCAUGGUAAUACUAGGUUACAUGUGAAUCCCUUUAAUGAAGUUCAGAGUAAGGAAACUAUCAAUGAAUUGGCUAAAACACAAGCAAAAGUAUUAGAUGGUAAAAUAGGAGUAGAUGGCAAAGAACUUCUGAAACAGGACACACCUCAGAUUGGAGGAUAUAGCUUGAUAAGAGAACCAUCUCCUUCACCAAGUAUAUUAGGAACUCCAUUGAUGACUUGGGGAGAAAUUGAAGGAACGCCUUUCAGGCUAGAUGGAAGUGAUACCCCAAUUCCAAGAUCACAAGGACCAACAUUUAAAAUUUCUGAACCACCUAGGAGGGAACAAUUAGCUUUUGCCUUAGCCGAAAAAGUCGGAGAAAAGAAAAACAUUGAGAAAAAGAAGAACUUAGAUGCUCAGCGUCGACAGUUUGCUUCACCAUCACCGCGACCGAACACAUCAAGCAUCGACAGGCUGGCAACAAUGUCGCCCGCAGCAAGAAAAUUGGCAACGUCGCGACUUAAACUCGGAGUCAAUUCGGAUUUGAGGUCCCUAUAUUCGCCGAGUCCGAUAAUUACAAGGCAAAAGACGCCGCUUCCUUCGCCGAGAAGAGCUUCGACGCCAUUAGUGAACGUGAUAAACAAGAAAACUACCGCCGAGGUAUCUACGGAUGAUUUGUUGAGAAUCCAGUUACCAAAGAGGAAAAAGGCGUCCGAUUUUUUUUGAAAAAUUAGUUAUUUUUUUUAUUGUAAUAUUAAGAAGUAUAAUAAAGUAUUUUGUUAUUUC